AUGAGCACGCUAGGACUCCGAAUAGACACUGAAAAACACCAUGGAUCUCGCUGGACAAGCUUUUUGGGCCACAAACCGCGCGAGACAGCGCCACCGCAGAGUACGACGCUGCUGCUGGGACCAGCGCCUGCAUCGCUCCCUAGGACUCCGUCGCCAGCUCUUUCAUCAGAUACAUCGCAGCCUAUUAAUGUAGACGUUUCUCCUUUGCCAUCCCCGCUUUUGGGACCUCGGCUCGACGUGGAGACGCUGGCGACGACGGGCUCCAAGACCAACGCCUUCUUCAGCUCACCCUGGAAGUCGCUCGUGGCUACUCCAGUGCCUCCUCCACCUAUAACAUUGGUACCAAGCCCCUCUACAGACCCGACGCCUAGCAAUGGGCUCUCGACUUCGGAUCCAGUCAACAUUCCAAAACCAGCGCCCCAACUUGCAACUCGUAACUCUCAAACAGUCGACUUUUUCAGUUCUGCUGCAAAGCAUAUACCAUCUCCACCACUAUCAGUUCGCCAUCUCUCCCCUCCGGACGAAAAGCCGGACUCAGCCCCAGCGUUGCGCCUCCAUCUCGCACGUUUGGCACAGACGCGAGCCGUUCCCGACCAAUCGUCCACACGCUCGUUUGACGAAGUCGACACCGGUUCCAGGAGCAGGUCCUCGUCGUAUUCUUCCACCAAUGGCUUUAUCAAACCGGCCCCGCGUGACUUUGCCUAUUGGACACCCGAGAGCUCAAACCUCUCGCGCUCAUCCUCGCGUUCAUCUGUCAGCGGUGUUCGACGCGAUUUGGGGUUUACCCUCUACGAUGUUCCCGCAUCGUCUUCCUACUCGCCCUCGACACAUCCUUCUUCACCACUUGGUCGAAUACGACAGAUUGAUGAAACACCGAUGCCCAUGUCGCCGAUGGAAAUGCUCACACCACGACCCGUAGAUUCCGACCCUGUCGCUCCCACGGCCAUUCAUAAUCCUCACGCACUCGUGAGACGAGAAACACAGCGCAACCCAUCGGAGAAAGAGUUACAAGUCGGCAUGACGAUUGGCGAUGAUGCACCUCUCGUUCUCGUUCGACUGCUUGGCCAUGGUGCCUUUAGCUCCGUUUGGCUGGCCCGUGACAUUGAGGAUCGGCUGAUCCCACCUGGGCCCCGACAGCGCAGACGAAAGUCGGUCAGCACGGCCCGGAGAAAGGGGGAUGCGCUACCGGGACUUCGACCAGCGCCCCACGCGACGACCCGCCUCGGUGUUCUCAACGAGCUUGACGGUGAAGGCGCGUCUUUGCCUAGCCCACUGGCCGAGAAUGAACCCCGUGGGCGUGAGCUAGGCCCGCCUAGUAAAGUCGGGAAGCUUGUUGCCGUCAAGACGCUUGAUCGGAAACUGUGCGACGUCAACGAUCGCACGCGAAUAGCGUUUGUUCGCGAGGUCGAGGUUUUGCGCCACAUUUCUCAUCCGUCUAUUGUCGCCUUUUUGCAUUCGUUUACCAUCGAGACCCACCAUUGUCUGGUCCUCGAGCAUGUCAGUGGAGGAGAGCUGUUUGAGCUCAUCAACUCUGACGAAAACUAUGCUAAAAUGACUACGCCUCUUAUUCGUCGUAUGUGGGGCGAACUUUGUCGAGCCGUUGGUUGGCUUCAUGGAGUCGCCGUUGUCCAUCGCGACAUUAAGCUCGAAAAUAUUAUCCUCACGGUCAACCCAUUCCGACACACCGAAGCGAUCGAUGUCGCCCUAUUGCCGCAACCACUAGUCAAGCUUACCGAUUUUGGCCUGGCACGGUUCAUCGAUCUAAAUCAGCCAAUGCUCACGACCCGCUGUGGUUCGGAAUCCUACGCGGCACCAGAAAUUGUCAUGGGAUCAAGCUAUGACGGCAGGCAAACGGAUGCGUGGGCCUGUGGCAUUGUGCUGUAUGCUCUCGCCGUUCGUACCCUACCAUUUGAUCCAAAAGGAACGGAUAAUGGUCAGGGUUCACGAAGACGGUACCUAGUGCGGAUCGCAAAGGCCGAAUACUCGUUUCCAGACGAUGCGACACUGGCCACGGACGACCUCAAGGCCAUGGUUGCUCGUCUUCUUGUCCGCGAUCCGAUAAAGCGCGCCAAGAUUUCCGAAAUCUGGGAGGACGACUUUAUGCGUGGCAAGGGUGCUCCGAGUCCCCCAUGGCGCGUCGCUGCUCGUCGACGGGUAGAGGUUGGUGUGACAGAAAUCAUUGGUGGCGACAAGGAACCAACCGAGGAGCAUGAGGACGAAUAUGAGGAGGGUGUCCUGGUCGAUGGACACGAUAUUGACGAAAUAGCGUCGCAGGAGCUGCACUAA